AGCUGCCUCCAGCAGCAGAAAAGGGCAUCCGAGCAGGAGUUGGGGGCUUGAGUUGGCUUGAAGGACGCCUACAAGAAGAUCCAACCGGCGAGAAGAUCCAUGAGAAACGGGUGGGAAAGAUCGUAAGCAUGACUGUUGGCUUCCUGCUGUUCCUGAACGAGUGAACUUCCUGUGCCAAGCAGCUUUUCGGCCUCCAUCUUAUGGCGUCCGUCUUCGGGGAAGGGCCGGUGGGAGGGCUCCCCUUCUUCAUCGCCGGGAUGUCCCUGCUCUCCGCCUGUUUUGUGGCUCUCUGUGCAGCCUGCAAAAGGAAAGAUGAGAGCAAGCUGCCUUCCCAGGAUGAUGCACAGGUGUUGUGUGAUGAGCCUGCUGUGCCAGGACCGACGGUGCCCUUGGCAUUCGGAGGCUCGCUGCCCAAUCUGCAGCAUGGCAGCGAGAGAGAUCCAGGGGAUGCAAACAACACGCCAGCCCCGCUGACUCUUCCUCGCCCGCCGAACAAAGACGACAACACGGUGGGUAGCUGCAGCGCCCUCAUCCUCCUUCAGAGGGACCUGCCCAACGUCCCGUCUUCUCCAGACAUGACCUACUCCAACCUCAGCUUCCCAAAACGAGCUGAGGUGGUGACGCUGUGCGAAUCCCAGAGAGUGGAGGGAGAAGAAAGCCAGAACGUUCAUCCUGCGGAAGAUAAGAUAGUGGAGAACAUCCCAGGCCACCAGGCCGAGGCAGGUGGACCCAGCUAUGCGUGUGUUGUGAAGAAGAAGAAGAAGACAACAGAUGGCAAACAAACCUGGGUGGAGAUGGAUAAACCUCAAGAGAUGUCUCUUCCCACCAGCACGGCGUUAUCUCCACCAACAAAAGAGAUAGAAGAAAUGUACUCGGUGGUGUGCAAAGAGAAAAAGAAGAAGAAGGCACAGCGCUCUGAAGAGGCAGCCCCCCAAGCAAAGGAGAUGAUGGUCAGUCAGGAAUCCAAUGGCAUUGCAAGUUACCAGUCCUCAUCGCUCCCCACCGCCACAGAGCCUUACUAUGAUACCGUGCCGUGUGAACCCCGGACCAAGGUUGCAAGUCAGCCAGUGGCCGAGCCGGCUUAUGAGUCUGUGGACACUUACUGGGAUAAGGUGAAGAAGAAAGCAAAGGCCCCGAAAAAGAAAAUGGCGCCUGAAAAUUUGUAUGAAAGCAUCGACCAAGUGGCCAUUUACAGCCAACAAGGCCAAGGCAGAACAUCACAACUGGAAAGCUGACUCUUUGUGUGACCUUUUCACAGUCCAAGGGCCUGGGUUGCAAACCGUAAAGGGACGUACAGACAGCCCUCAACUUACAACCAACCAAUCAAUCAGAAUACAGGUAGUCCUCGACUUACGACCACAAUUGGCCCAAAGUUAACAUUGCUAAGGGAGAUAUUUGUCAAGUGGGUUUUGCCCCGUUUUUACGUUUUUUAUCUUCCUUGCCACAGUUGUUAAGUGAAUCACUGCAGUCGUUAAGUGAGUAACAUGGUCGUUAAAUGAAUCCAUUGACUUCUGCUUGUCAGAAGGUUGCAAAAGGGGAUCAAUGACGCUGGGACACUGCAACCGUCAUAAAUAUGAGUCAGUUGCCAAGCAUCCUCACGUAACCGUGACAAUGCUACAACGGUCGUAAGUGUGAAAAAUGGUCCAAAGUCACUUUUUUCAAUGCUAUUUCAAAAUUUUUUAGUACCGGUUCUGUGGGUGUGGCUUAGUGGGCGUGGCAUGGCUUUGUGGGCAUGGCACGGGAAAGAUACUGUAAAAUCUCCAUUCCCUCCCCACUCCAGGGGAAGGAUACUGUAAAAUCCCCAUUCCCUCCCCACUCCAGGGGAAGGAUACUGUAAAAUCCCCAUUCCCUCCCCACUCCAGGGGAAGGUUAUUGCAAAAUCCCCAUUUCCUCCCGAUCAGCUGGGACUUGGGAGGCAGAGGAUAGAUGGGGGCGGGGCCAGUCAGAAUUUUUUACUACCGGUUCUCCGAACUACUCAAAAUUUCCGCUACCGGUUCUCCAGAACUGGUCAGAACCUGCUGAAACCCACCUCUGCUUCAAACGGUCACUAAACGAACCGUUGUAAAUCGAGGACUACCUGCAACUCACGUACCGACUGACUUGCUUAACAACGGAAAUUGUGACCCCCCAAUUGUGGUCGUAGAUCGAGGACUAUCUGUGUUUUAUCUUAAUACAUAAACUUAUAAGUUUACGGUCAAUAAAAAAUUCAACUCCCAAGGGCUGGACGUGCCACGAAGAGGCCAUUAACCAUACGUGACCAGACCUGAGAACGGUUGUGCGCUUCGGAUAAGUGGCCAAUAUGUAUAUUUGCCCUCCUUUUGGUAGCCUCUGUGAUUUGGGCAGCCACUCGCCCCAUCUCAGAUUAGCCCUCUUUGUAUUUGGUGGAUGGGGAGGAUGGGGAGUGUAGUCCUUUAGAACAGGGGUCUCCAACCUUGGCAACUUUAAGCCUGGCGGACUUCAACUCCCAGAAUUCCCCAGCCAGCAAAGCUUUAGAAGGUGCGAGCUCAGCUCCAAACUCUUUUGCUUUGUCCGCUUCAAAGUAAUGUCGUUUUCUUCGUCACCUCUGAUCUAUAAAGGAAUCUGCACUAA